AACAAAAAGAUAUUCAAUAUGGGUGUUAAAGCUAAAGAGCUUCAUGUAGCUUUCUUCCCCUUCAUGGCCCAUGGCCAUAUGAUUCCAGCUCUCGAUAUUGCAAGGCUCUUUGCAGCUCGCGACAAUGUUAAGGUAACCAUUAUCACCACACCUCUUAACAUAGGCACCUUCAUCAAGGCCAAUGAAAACAGCAUCAAAAUUGGAGCUUCCAUUGUUAACAUCCAAGUGUUCAAAUUUCCGACCAAAGAAGUUGGCUUACCUGAUGGAUGUGAGACCCCGGAUUUUUCAUUAGGGACUGCAAUGAUCCAUAACUUCUUUAAAGCUUCAGAGAUGCUAAACGAGCAGCUCGAGCUGUUCUUGGAGAAUGUCCGACCCAACUGCCUAGUUGCAGACAUGUUCUAUCCAUGGGCGACUGAAUGUGCAGCAAAGUUCAACAUCCCGAGGCUAGUCUUCCAUGGGUUUUGCUACUUUUCCCUUUGUGCUCAAGAAAUUGUUAGGCUACAUGAGCCUUAUAAGAAUCUGUCCUCUGACGAAGAGACAUUCGUUCUUCCCUGUCUCCCUCAUGAGAUACAGUUGACAAGAUUGCAGAUAUCAGAAGAUUUAAGGAAAGGUGAAGAAACAUUUUUCAAAAGGAUAAUUAACAGGGUCAAGGAAUCAGAGGUCGAUAGUUAUGGAGUGAUUGUUAACAGCUUUUACGAGUUGGAACCAGAUUAUGCAGACUUGUAUAGAAAAGAGUUGGGAAGGAGAGCGUGGAAUAUAGGUCCUGUUUCACUGAGCAACAGAAGCACUGAGGAUAAGGCUUAUAGAGGCAAACAAACAUCAAUAGAUAAAUACGAGUGUUUGAAAUGGCUUAGUUCAAAGAAGCCUGAUUCAGUGAUUUACAUAUGUUUCGGAAGCACAGCAAGUUCCAUAGAUACUCAACUGCAUGAGAUAGCAAUGGCUCUAGAAGCAUCAGGCAAACAGUUCAUCUGGGUCGUGAGGAAUAGUGCAGACAAUGGAAAGAAUGAAGAAUGGUUGCCAACAGAAUUCGAACAACGGACAAAAGGCAAAGGCCUAAUAAUAAGAGGAUGGGCUCCACAGAUGUUAAUCUUGGAGCAUGAAGCCAUUGGAGCUUUCGUGACUCACUGUGGGUGGAACUCAACACUAGAAGGGAUCUCAGCUGGCGUACCAAUGGUUACAUGGCCUAUUUUCGCCGAGCAAUUCUACAACGAGAAAUUAGUAACUGACAUUUUGAAGAUUGGUGUCCCAGUCGGAGUUAAAAAGUGGAGUAGGACGCCUUUGAUUGAGGAUAUCAUGAAGCGCGAAGCUGUAGAGAUGGCAUUGAGAGAAAUCAUGGAGGGAAAAGAGGUGGAGGAGAGGAGAAACAGAGCAAAGAGGUUCAAGGCAAUGGCACAUAAGGCUGUUGAAAGAGGUGGCUCAUCAUAUACUGAUAUAAGUGCAUUGAUAACCGAGUUAAGGGGUUAUCACCUCCGACAGCAAAAUUAGCAAGCUUUAGUUUUUUUGUUCUGUUUCAGCAAAAUUGUAGAGUUUGACACUUAGGUGCUAAGAAUUUAUAACCUCAUACUAACACAUCCUUUGUAAAAUUGUAAGUUAAAUACUAACAUUCAAUGAACUUCCAUAAACUCUAUAAAAACAUUUAGCCAUAUAUCUAGCUUGUGUUACUCAAGACAAAUGUACUGAUUAAGGAGCAGAAUAAUUUGUUUUUGCCUUAUUCCCA